AUGGAUAAUCUAACCGAAGAGGAAGCUGAUUGUGCAAAUCCCGAGCUUCUAUCCUUUCUGAAGGAAUGGUGUAAAGGAGCUCAAGGAACCAAGGCCGCUGCUGUUUACAACCAGGCGUACCUUUCAAUGAAGGCGUGCCCAACAGCCUUCCUCCACCCUAUCCAAGCUGGUGACUUGAAGGGAAUAGGUACAAGAAUAGUCGAAAGACUUACACAACGCCUCGAGGAGUGGUGCAUGCAAAAUAACAAACCAAUGCCUGAAGUGCCGGCUAGGAACGCACGUAAACGGCGUGUCGCCGUCGCCAAUGUCGAGGACGGUUCCGAUCCUCAACCAGCUCCAAACCCCAAAAGACCGCGCAGGCGCCAGAAGGAAUACGUGCCUACGUACCGGUCAGGCGCGUACGGCAUACUCAUUGCGCUCUGGGAAGCGGGCGAUGACAUGUUGACUGAGGAACAACUCAAAGAAUUGGCUCAAGCUCAUGCUGAUGCUUCAUACACUGCGCCCCCGCAUACAACAAGCUUCUGGACAGCUUGGGGCGCCAUGAAAACGUUGAUCGAGAAGGAGCUUGUGUACACUAGGGGAGUUCCACAAAGGUUUUGGCUAACGGAGACGGGCAAGGAGGUGGCCCGUGCAAUCCUCGCGGGGAGAGAGCCGGCUGCUUGUGUUGCGGAGGGCAGCGGCGGGAACGGCGAGGCAUCGGGAUCCAGUUCUCGUACCCCGCCGGGGGUGCCUUCCGGGGCAGCUGCUGUGACCAAUAGACUCCUAGAGAACCAAGCCCCUCAAAUACUGAGUGGUGGUGGCCUACAUAUAGGCGGAGAAGACUUUGAGGAGGAAGCUCGACUAUGGGCUGUGGCUAAAGUUGAGGAGAGCAGGCAGAGAUCCAGGAAACCUCCCGGACUCGGGGAAGAUGUAAUUAGGAAUACAGAUAGGCCUCAGGCUCUCUACUCUGGGAGGCCGGCAGAAUACGGUAUGGAGCCACGGCCAACCCUCAAACAGGAGAAAAAGCCACAAAUAGAGUUUGUGGACCUGGAAAACCACACGGAUUUCCCCCCACCACCACUACGACCCCCGGUUCUUGGGGUGAUUGCUGGAAAUCCCAAUAUCCAAUCCUCACCUUAUGCACCGCCCCGCAGUUCUUCGCUCAACGUACCAUCGCCUACUCGUCCGGUACCUUGUAAAGUAUCCCCUCUCCCGACCACUCGUGAGGCUUCCACCCUCCACCAACAAGCCCAACUCAAACCAGCACAAACACCCCCCCAAUCCCGCCAAAGCGGCUCCCCAAUAUUCCCCGCCUUCACCCCCGAAGUGCUAACAGCCGGAACCUUCACCAUCCACCUCCUCCUCGACAAUCGCGAGGUCCGCGCCCUCAACGACCGCGAUUACAUCGCCACGAACCUCGAGAACGCUGGCGUGACCCCCAUCAUUAAAGCCCUCAAAGUCGGCGACGUCAUGUGGGUUGCGCGCGAAAACGGCCCCGCGGGAAGGGAGGUCGUGCUGGACCACAUUGUGGAGCGGAAGCGCCUCGACGAUCUCCUCUUCUCGGUCAGGGACGGCCGCUUCCACGACCAGAAGUUCCGCCUCAAGAAGAGCGGCAUGAAGAAUGUCACGUAUAUCAUCGAGGACCUCACGAUGGGUGUGUUGGACGCACAGACGCAGGAGAUCAUCGAGACGGCGAUCAGCUCGACGCAGGUGGUGGAUGGGUUCUUUGUUAAGAAGACUAGUAAGCUGGACGAAACAAUCCAGUAUCUAGUGCGCAUGACAAAGAUGCUGCAGAAGCUCUACCAGCCACAAGACCUCUACAUGAUCCCCGACGCCCUGGUCGACCACAAAACCUACCCGGCACUACUCAAGCACCUCGCUGACACCUCCCCAAGCAAGAAAUUCUUCAUCACCUACCCCGUCUUCUCCGGCCUUGCGUCUAAGUCGGGCUCGCUGACGCUGCGCGACCUGCUGUUGAAGUUCCUGAUGGUGGUGCGCGGCAUCACGAUCGAGAAGGCAUGCGAGAUCCAGAAGAGCUUUCAGACGCCGAGGGCGCUGGUGGACGCGUAUGAACGCUGUAGGAGCGACAAGGAGAAGUUGGAUCUGUUGGAGAAGGCGUGCGCGGGGGCGGUGGGCAGGAGGAAGGUGAGUGGAACGCUGUCGGUGAAGGUGGCGGAGGUGUGGGCGGGGGUGUCGGAUGAUGGGUUUGUCCAUCCGCAGGAUGAGGAAUAA